GUUACCGUUAUUUCUUACCAUUCUGGAACUGGGUCUCAGUAACACCAGCUCCCAUCGCAGCAGUACUACUAACACCUCCAGACACGAGUUUCACAAUGCUGUCAAUGUAUGUGGCACCAGACCAUUUCUGAUGCUUGACAACCUCAACAUCGUCCUCGAUCUCCUUGGCCUGGAUGUUUUGUCCGUAGGCCUUCAUUCCUAUCUUGGAAUAGUCACGGGCAAAGUUGUCAAUUGCCAAGGCGGUGGUGUGCAGACCAGCAAGAGUAAUGAAUUGCCAGAUGAAGCCAAGAUCGGCCAGCUUCUUGAUGUAUGUCUCCUGGUCGGCAGGAGACAUGGCAGCGUUCCAGUUGAACGAAGGAGACAAGUUGUAGGCAAGCCAUUUCUCCGGAUACUUGGCUAGAACACCCUCUGCAAACUCUUUGGCCUGCUCGUAGAUUGGUAGCUUCGUCUCCAUCCACAACAUGUCUGCGUACGGAGCGUACGCUCUCGCACGGUUGAUGGCGCAUUGCGUGCCUCCCUGGUAUCUAUAGUAGCCCUCUCUGACUCUUGGAGCGUCCCAGUCGAAGAAAAUGUCCUUUCCGAGGAUCGAUUUGGCCAGCUCCCUGGCCUGUCUGUGCGAGUGGCCGCUCAAUGGAGUCACGGUCGAGGUAAAUUUCUUGAUUGCCUCGUCCUUGUUCUUGAUAUCAGACGCCUUGAUCUCGUCAAUGACUGCCUCGUGGAACAGUUUCAGGCCUGCCUUCUCGGUCCACUGCUUCUCGAUCUCCUCGAGCUCUGCACCGUACGCACCUUCUUGCUCGGCUCUGUUCAUGACUUCCACCAGGGGCUCCACGUCUGGGUUGGUGGCACCAAUAAUGAAAUAGUGGUCUCUUGUGUCGAUCGUCGAGGUAAUCAGAGUGGCGGCCUCAGAGUCGGUUCUGGCCACACACAGCAGGUCCGAGCCAAAGAUGUCGGCCGAGGUACGGAUUGCAAUCAGUCUGUUGAUGUGCUCCUGGAUAGGAACCAGCACCUUACCGGCCAUGUGGCCGCAUUUUUUCGUUCCUGCGGCCUGAUCCUCGAUGUGAAUUCCUGCGGCCCCGGCCUCAAUAAAGAGCUUCGUCAGCUUGACAAUAGCAGUGAUACCUCCGUGGCCGGUGUCGGCGUCGGCGAUGAUCGGUCUCAUGAAGUCGAUGUAUGGCAGCUUGGCCCUCUCCUCCUUGGAGAGAGAAAAUCUCUCGUGUCUCUGUUUUCUGUCGUGGAAAAGCUGAGCAAAGAACAGAUGCUGCACCUUGUUAGGAACAGUGUCCAUAGGGUAGUCGGCAAGAUCUGGUGAAGGCUCGUUGGAAGUGGAGGCCGUGGCAGAACAUUGCCAGCCAGAAACGUAGAUCGUGUCGAGAUACUUGGCCAUCUGCGUCACGUGGAUUGGGUCCAAGGCACCGAAGGUGAAGGAAACAGUUUUAUUUUUGUGGUGCUCCUCGAGCAACUUGAACGCCUUCUUUGCCAUCGUGUCUGAAGCGUUAGGGUUUUUGAUGGUGGACCGUCUUUUCGCAAUCUCCUCUGCCGGAUAGACUCUCUUGAUGCCCUUCCAGCGAGGCUCUGCCCACCAUUUCUUGAUCUCCUCGACUUCCUUCUGGAAGUCGCGCUCUUCUUGGUCGAUGUUGAUCUGUGUGUAUGCCAUUUCCAUAUCCCCUGAUCAGUCGCGGGACAUCGGGGGACCAAAAGAUGCUUUAAUCCUUGCUACCAAAAAAAUAUCUUUGGAUACCGAAUACGGAAAGUCCGGGGAAAAGGCGUGAGCUACACGUCAUUUCCGUUCGACCAUUUUUCCAUUCCACCUCCAGUGCUCGCUAUACUGUCGCAUACACCUUGAUGGUGCCAUCAGACACGGCACCGACAAAGGCCCGGAUGCACCUUUCGGCCCAUACUCCGAGAGGUGACUAUACAUGAUGAUUCCGGGGCCUUUUCAUCCUUGCACCAAAUCGCAUUUUCACUUUUAUUUUUUGGCAUGAGCGAGCUUGAGUUCAAGGACGUGCUCAGACGGGUCCCGACGAUCGACGAAGAUGUGCGCCGCAUGCUGCAGGCCCUGGGCGAGCCCCAAACUUACUUUGGCGAGGACAAGGCAGAUCGGCGCGAACGACUGGUCGAUUUGCUCGCCAGAGACGAAGGUUUUCGCGCUCGCUUUGCAGACAUCACGGGGCUAGACCGCGAGGAUGGUUUAGAUGCCGACGGAGACGAAGAAUUCUACACGCCAGGGGGCGAGGAGCUGUAUCAGGCCCGUGUUUUUCUGGCCAACUAUUCGCUUGCAAGGGCUCGUGACAGAAUCAAGUCUCAAACCGAAUAUUAUCAGAAUCAUCGACCCGUGGAGGUGCUGCAGGAGCGUCGCAAGUACAACGAGUCGCUGAAGCACAUUGCCGCCCAGGGCUCACAGGUGGUUUCUGACCGCUGCACGUCUGUGUUGCGAUACUCCAAUGACCAGAGAUACCUGGCCUGUGGCUCGUGGGACGGCAAGACGUACUUGAUGAAUCAGCAGCUCGAAAGGCUGGCAGUUUUGGACGGACACGAGGAAAAAGUGGGUGGCAUAGAUUGGCACCCCCAGGUAACCAGUGUGGUGGCUACCAGUGGAGGCGAAGGGCUGGUCCUGUUGCACAACGCCGAUACACAAGCCGUGGUAGCCACUCUCCAAGGGCACGAGCAGAGAGUGGCCCGAAUACAAUUUCAUCCCUCGGGCCGGUUCCUGGCGUCUUCAUCGUUCGACCUAACGUGGAGGUUCUGGGAUGUCGAGACAAAUAAAGAGCUAUACUACCAAGAGGGCCAUUCGAAAGAAGUGUUUACCUUGGCCCACCAGCCAGACGGGUCUCUGCUUGCCAGUGGCGGUUUAGACGGGAUUGGCCAUAUAUGGGACCUGCGUACAGGAAAGUCGAUCAUGGUGAUGGAGGACCACGUUAAGGGGAUAUAUGCUAUGGACUGGAGGAAAAACGGAUUUGAGCUUCUCACGGGCGGUGGAGACGCCAAUCUGAAAGUGUGGGACAUUAGAAACAACCGCAAACCGAAGCAGAAUAUUGUGGCGCACAAAAAGCUGAUUUCCGACAUAAAAGUGUCUGGCAACGACAAGUUCAUGGUGACCACGUCUUACGACGGCAACCUAAAUAUUCUUUCCUGCGACAACUGGCUUGUAAUCAAACAGUUCAAGGCGCCAGAAAAGCUUAUGUGCUGUGACAUUGCUCCUGAUGACCAGACGAUUGUAUCUGGCGGCUGGGACCGAUGCGUCAAUCUGUAUAAUAGUAACUUAUAGAGUGUAAAUUGGCAUUUCAUUAGUAAAGCCGUCGAGGACCACAAAAUUGUUCAUCGGCAGCUCCCGGCGUCCCAGCAUGUUGAUCAGAUCCUGCGACACCGCGCCGCCAACAAUCGCGCUGACGGGCUGGAACUCACAGAAUCCCUGCUGUGCCAGCUUUUCCACAAGCUCGGGUCUGAUAAUUUCUUCAGGGAGCUUCAAAUGGCCGACAACCUCUGCCACCUUCGACUCGAGCUCCUUUGAGUCGAUAACGACAUCUUCGAUCGGUUUGCCUAUCUGCGACGGUAUCUCUAGCAGCGCAAGCAGAAUGGGCAGCACGGGACUUAUUUUUUUGAGCUUUCGUGGCGUAGGAAAAUAAUGCUUAAGCUUAUCGUUGUCGUUGCUGAAUAACUCAGAAAGCGGAACGAACCUGCUUUUGACAAUGCAGUUUUGCAAUUCGACGUCGUUCUCCACAACCUCGGUGAUACUCACAAUCUCAGAGGUCGGGUUGAGCGCGCCGACCUUCUUUGGACUAGGGUUUUUCUCGAAUUUCACAGACGACUCGUGCUCAAUUAGGUCGACAAAGAUAUAACCGUAGAGACCGUGUGUGCCUGUUGCGUAGAACGGGAUUUUUAGUUUUCUUGUGAUCGCAUUGAGUCUGGUUAGUUGCGUCUUAUCCAGCCCUGUGGCAACGAUCAGGUUGUAAGAUAGAAAAUAAUCCUCAGGUUUUUCUUGCCAGUCGUCAGUGCUCACGGUCAGAUUUACCCGAGGAUUUAGAUCUUUAAUUCUGGCCUCGGCAGCAAGCACUUUCGGCUGCCCAACCUGAGUUUUGUCAAUGAAGAAAUUAGCAUUCAGGUCCUGGUCAAGCACCUUGAACGAGUCAAUCACAGUGAUGGCCCCAAUGCCUCCGAGCAUAAGGUUUUUGACUACCUCGCAACCUACGCUGGUGAGGUUCACCACAAGCACCCGUGACCCACGCAUUCGGGUCUGGGCCUCCAUUCCCCACAACCUAAUCUGGCGGUCAUAAAGCU